AUGGCCAAGACUCGCGUGCUCCGCUGUGCGGUGCUGGUGGUGUGCGUCCUCCUGGUUCUCUCGUCCGCAUCUGCCGCGGCCGAGGCAGCUGGUCGGCAAAGGGGUCAUGGGAGAGAGGCCACGGCGCCGGCGGCGAUGGCAAUGGCGACAGGGCGUUUCGUCAGGAAGGUGCUGCGGGAGGAGAUGGUUCAGGCAGACGGCCAUGGCGACAUUGGCCAGUCCAAGAGGACCAGCCCCGGCGGCCCAGACCCGCAGCAUCAUUAG